UGUACAGAAUUAUGUCUUUCUGGAGGAGGUACUGUUUAUGUGUCUGAAUGGCUUGAGGUGCUCUCAGAACGCAGGAAAAUGGCACUUUGAGAGCACUAAAUUUCAAAUUUUCUUGGGGGAGCAUGCCCCCAAACCCCCCUAGUUUAGUUGGUGCAAAUCACUCAUGUAAAAUUCUUAAUCCACCCCUGAUGGUGUUGUGGUAAUAAUGUCUUUGGGCAUGUUCCUCUUUGGGAAUGCCUAUUCAGGGCUUUUUUAAAACCUCCUCUGAACGUUCUAUUAUUUUUUCUUCCGAAAGUGUUUCACUGUAGCGGCGUUUUCGGUUCUGAUUUCUUUUGUGGUCCUGUGGUUCUUAUUUUUGGUUGUAGGAGGUGGUUCCACGUCUGUUCUCCUUCUUUUCUUUCUUCUUUUGAGCUCCUCUUGGAGAUCUUUGGCCUGGUUGAGGGUCAGGUUCAGAAAGGUUGUUUUCUUCUUUGUCGUUUGUUUCUUCAGCAUUGACCUCCAUUUCCUCAAUGUCUAGAAGGUCAUCGUUGGAGGUUGUUGCUGGGGCAAGGAGGCCUUCUUCGGUUAGCACUUUUUCUGACAUUUUCGUUGCCGUUCUAUCAAGAUGAUCAGGCAAGACCGCGGUUUCGAUCCUAUCAUAUGCACCUCUUUAGUUACCGAUUCUGGGGUCAAGAAGGGCUAUUAUAAAAGGCAAAGCCCUCCUAUUACUCAGAACAAAUUCUUCAAAAGAAAACUUUCAAAACCGACUAGAAGAAUUUCAAAAGCACCUUAGAGAGAGAGAGGGUAUCCACAGAAUUUAAUGACUGUAACUCUCUCUGAAAUACACUUUGAAAACAGGAAAGAAGCACUCCAACAAAACCUUCAAGAGGAAAAACCAUUUUGCCCUUUGUCACGCAACAUCAACCAUCAUUUCCUAGCCUUAAAAACAUUCUUAAAAAAACCUGGCAACUGAUAGAGAACCAACCUCUUCUUAGACAAGAUCUACAAAGAACCUCCACUUAUAUCGUACAAACGAGGAAGGUCUCUGAAAGAUAUACUCGUAAAAAGCUAAACUCUGAGAAUUAAAGGCUAUAAACACUGGUUGGAAAGCGUAAGGUCAGGCUUCUCUUUAUCAUGUGAUAUGUUGCAAUUUAUCACGCGAUAAUUUUCUCAUUUAUUGCACAAUAAUUUUAACUUAUCGCGCAAUAAUUCUGAAUUAUCGUGCGAUAAACUACGUUUGAGCAAAAUAUUUCAAAUUUCAAAGAACGCUUGAUUGACAGAGGCUACCCACAAACUAUGAUAGAAAACCUUCCAUCAGAUAUAAAGUUCACAGAGAGGGAGUCUGCACUCCUGAAACACAACAACAAAGAGGAAAAAGAAGUAUUGCCUUUCGUGACACAGCACCAGCCCUCAGUGUCUACCUUAAAAGAAGUUUUAAUGAAAAAAUGGAAUCUUAUACAAUCUUAUGCAACAUUCCAGCUUCUCUUUAUCAUGUGAUAUGUUGCAAUUUACCGCGCAGUAAACUGACUAAUUAUCGCAUGAUAAUAGCGCUUUCUACUAAUGACGUCACAAAUUUCUGGUCCCUGCUGUGACUCAGACAUUAAACCUGACCAGUGUAAGAGUUUAAUUAGUAUGAGAAAGUCACAUUCGGCAACAAAUUUUCGUCGUCUUUGAAGAUGUUUAUCAUUAAAGGAAACAAAAUCCAGCUUGGUUUCGAUAAUAAAUAUCCUGAAAAUAAUCAACGCAUGCCAAGACACUGUUAAACGUGGAAAAACUGUACAGAUGAGUGGUUUUAUUUCUUAUGCGGCGUCAUAAUGCUGUGGGUAAAAUUAUGUUAAAAUGUCUGGAGAGUAGGGCUUCAUAGCUGUGUGUGAAACAGUGCAUUUAUAGGCAAAGGUUGCUCAGUUUUUUUGCGAGUGCUUAUGUUACGCUAUUUAGUAUUACAGGAUAUAAAGUACUAAAGUAUUCGUCCCGGAUUCAUAUGGUCUACCUGGCCGCACAACAGCAAAACAAACUUAUACAAUUUCCGGUUUGUGCUAACAUUGGUGUUCUUUUCACCUUAGAUUCUGUCACAGGCUUGCGAGAAGUACAUCCAAACUCAAUUUUCUCUUUAGCAAUUUCGGUUUUGGUGUAUUACACAGCCAAUAGUGUUAUGUCAUGUUUCAGUGCAUAGUGGUGUUCAGGUGGUGCUUUCUGCCUAAGACACAGAGCUAGGGGUCCAAUUUCAGUAGCCUUCUCUGAUCGAGUCGCUUUAUUUUCUGAUUUUAACCAUUUAUUUGAGUUACUGAAACAGGUUUUGCUCCCAAUAGCAGUAGCGCCUUUUUUAUAUUGGAAUUAUGCUCAAAAAACAUUUUGAAAACACUCACUGCGAAUUCUAUGUACAACUUUCAUGUUGGAAACGUAUGUUUCCCAUACAAAGCCUUGGAGUAGAAUGCAAAGUUUGUCUGAGUCACGCGGGGGGUCUAAGGUGACAAAACCUAUUUUUAGUAAUAGUAGAAAGCGCUAUUCAAACUUAUCGUGCGAUAAACUGACUAAUUAUUUCACGAUAAUUUGAACUUAUCAUGCGGUAAGUUGAAAUUAUCGUGCGGUAACUUACACAAAAAAAAAUAUUGUAAUGUCCUUUACAGGCCGCAGGCCACCGUAGGUUCAACUGUUACUUUAAAUAUUCUCAGGGUCAAGGUUGAGGAUGAAGAUAAUAAAAAAAAACUUUCAUAGCCCAAUAACAUAUACUGUAGUCCUCUAUUAAGAUCCUCCUCUCAAUUAAGCCCUGCCCUCCUUCCCCCCCUCCCCCCUCUCUACAAGCCACAACCCUCCAAGUUAACUUUUUCCAUUAGUGGCCAUUUGGGUACCAACUCUUUAGCCUAAUAGUCACCAAACAAUUUUUUUAGGUGCCAAAAUAUACAUUAAUAAUUACAGUUUUAAUAAUUGGUUAAUAAUGAUUAAUUUGCACUUAAGAAUGGUAUUAAGGCAAACGUUUGAAAUUGUGCUCUUGAAAAUUGUGUAAGUAAUAAAAUGGUGUUUCAUAUUUUCCCGUAAACAUUCUUUUCAACGCUGAGGAAAAGUAUGAGGACAUACCAUGUGUACAAAAAUGACAAAAUGUUGUGCUAAAACUGGCUUAAAGCUUGCUCCUUCAGUAUUUUGCUAAUGAAACUGCAUAUUGAGAAAUUAUUUACAUCUGUCCUAUGCAACUACACUGUAAAAUUGUCUCAAUGACAUGGCGUUAUCUAUAAAUCAACCCGGUAGUUUUCCAUCAGCCAAAAAACGCCAACAAAAAUACUGCUUGUGAGAUUGCAAUAAAUACCUUUCACUUUAUUUUUGGUUAAGACAUUCAAAACAAUAUUGUUUUUUGUAAAGUUUAGAUUUGUCUGUUGAUGAUGUUGGUCUGCAAUGGUCGAUCGCUUGUUUAAAAAAAACGAUUCAACAUUUCAUGUUACUCAAAUUUAUUUGAAAAUGUUCUAUGCUGACUUGUAACUUUCUGCUUUUCCCUUGACUUUAACCCCCAAAAUAUUUAUAAAUUUGCAUUGUAAUAGCUAGUCUUCCCAGUUUAGCCACACGUGUGUUUUCUGAGAGAAAAUUAUGAAAAACAAACCCAUUGCGUGCUGAUUGUCACGCAUUAGAAGGAGGUUAAAAAAAAUUGUCAUGCGCUAGGCAACUGAUUUGUGCUCAGUGGAGCAGAGAAAUAUUUUAGCAGAAAUCUUAAAACAUUUGUUUAAAUGAAUAUCGACGAGAUCUUCUAAUCUUCUCCCUGACGGCUAUUUUCGGAAUCAAGUCACCAGUACCAGAAUUUUAGUCGCAAUUGCACCUAAAGUUGUCGCAGCUUAUACUAUAGGGUUGAAACCUGUCCUCAUUUUAAAGCCCCCUCCCUCUCCUCCUUAUUCUUCAAAAUCAAACAUGAUUGACUGUUUUAAUAAUUUAUUAAGACUGUAACACUUCAUUUAAAUUGAUAGAUCUGUUAUGAUUAAUUAUUUACCAUCUGGAUUAGUUUGAACUGUGUUUGAUCUUCUGUGAUGAUGACCUAGCUCCAUCUUCAUGUGCUUGCAGCCUUGCCACUUUGUAUCCUAGUUCUUGAAUGAAGAAUUGAUAACAUCUUCUGGUUGUUUCAAAAAGUAGUAUAUAGCACCCACUAAAUUACAUAAUCCCCCUCUCAAAUAACCAGUCCCCAUUGUUAAGCUCCCUCCCUUAAAAUAAACCCCUGGGAAGGUAGGGAGCCUUGGGGAAGCAGAACAUACAUGUAUGUGUUUUAUGCUCUGUAUAAAAAAUGAUGAAAUAAAAGAACAUUGUUGCUACAGGAAUUGGUGCUAACAUGAUCAGAUUUUUGUGCAAAACAAUAUAUGUAGACUGAAGUCUAUUCUUUGUGCUCACAAUUUUUUAUCAUAUAUACGAUGCUGCUUGUGCAGAUUUCUGAUCAUAAAUUCUCCUAGUGUUAGCAACAUGUACAUCACACUGGCAGUAAUCAUUAGUAUUGUAAAAGCAUAUUGCUGGAAACUACUAUUGCUGCAGAUUUUACUGAUUUAGAGACCAGAAGAUUGUCUUGCAGUAGUGGGGAAGGAAUUGUUUCAAAGAGAAACAAAAAAUAGUUAAUCUUCUGAGACUGUCAUUGAUCCACGCAGGCUUUAUUUUUUAAAUUUAAAUUUAAUCUAAUUUUUAUUUUCUUUUUUAUUACUUUUUUUGGUGACAUUUACCUCCUUCAACCACCUUUUUUUCUUUUAAUUUGUACUUAGUUGCCUCACGAGUGUCAUCAAAUUUGUUCACAAGAUGAGUUUACAGUAAAGAUAAAUGACACUUUUUUACGGUGCUUACAUUGUGACAAGUGUCAUCCUGGAUUGGGAUUGUUUCCAGUAUGUGGAAGUGACAUAUCCCCAACACAAAGAAUCGAAUGCAAACCCUGUCCUCCUGGAAAAUUCUCUAAUACAUAUGACUCAGCCUCCUGCCAUGAAUGUCAUGAAUGUGUAACACAUGAGGUAGUGGCUGUCAACUGCACAAAAUUGUCCGAUAGAAAUUGCAGUGGAAGAUGCCAAAAGGGCUUUUACUUCGUUGAGAAGGCUCCGCAUAUUCAUAGUUGUCAGCAGUGUGCAUAUUGCUGUUUUGAUGGGAAGGAUGUAAUACAGGAAGAAUGUGUAAUGCAGGGCUUGAAUGCUACAAAUCAACACUGCAGUCAACGAGGGGAUAAGAAAUGUGUCCCCAAGCCAACAUCUGCGACAAAUCUGCCUUCUGAGUCUACCAGUGGAUCAUCAUCAUCAUCAUCAUCACCAUCAUCAUCAUCAUCAUCAUCAUCAUCGUCAUCGUCAUCGUCAUCGUCAUCGUCAUCAUCAUCAUCAUUAUCACCAUCAUCACCAACAUCAUCGUCAUCAUCAUCAUCAUCGUCAACUACAGACCCACCCACAAAUCACAAGAACAACAUCCUUAUAAUAGUGCUUGGUGCACUUGCCAGUAUCUUUCUUGUUGCUCUGGCUGGAACAAUAUUAUUUUGGCAGAGCAAAGGAAAACGUAACUUCCCAAAGUCUGCGAGACCUUCACAUGCUGACGUUGAUGUUAAUGGUGUGGAUGUAAAACAAAGGACAGAAACACCAAGUAAGUGAUAACAAUUCAUAAUUCACUUCAUUUGCUAAGUUGAAUGUUUAUCUUUGUAAUUAUACCAGUAUGUAAAUGACGGAGUUCCUUAAAUAUAGCUACAAAGUGCUUAAAUUUGCAUAAUAUUAUUGUCUAUUGUUCAAAAUUAGUUUUCAUCACUACUACUACUACUACCACUACCACUACCACUACCACUACCACUACCACUAGCACUACCACUACCACUACCACUACUACUACUAGCUAUGGAGUACAAACUAAUUGCAUGCAUGGUCACCUAACUACAUGUACCUUUAAACUUCCUAAAAACAAAGAAACAAAUAAACGUGGAAACCCUGCCAGUGUCAUUAAUUAUUCUAAGAGUUAAUAACACAGGUGUCAGUUCUUAGGAGGUUCUCAAUGUCCACCUUUCUAACCUGGUUCUUAAAUUAAAAGUAGUAAGUGUCUCAGAACUGUCAAUGUGCAUACUUAGUUUGAACCAUGAUUAUAGGACCAAUAUAAUUACCUUAUACUGUGUUUCCCAUAGGUGGUAGUAUUUAUCCUUGGAAUAAUAAAAUUGCUUGAAUUUCUUAGGCUCGAUCAAUCAAUCAACUGACUUUAUUUUAAGAGGGGAGCACGUGACAGUAGGGAAACUGAUGUGGGCGUGGUACCCAAAAGUGCUGUCUGAUAGCUCAGGGCAAGUGAAUGACCUGUUGGGCUAACAUGUUUUGAUUAAGAGUUCUCCAGUAGGUAGAAAUUAAGUACUAAAAUACAGCCUGUACAUCAGUGAAACAGGGCGGGGGAAUUCACCAUUUCUACGUCUUCCGUACCGAGAAACAGGCCAGAGUUUUGAAGAAAGUCUAUACGUGUAUUCCUCUAAACAUGUUAAGAACUUAGUAAUUUGGCUGUCGUAAGAUGUAAUGAAUUAUGUACAUCUCGUAGGAUGUUAUCCACUUUGGUCUUCAGCCUCAGUAGAUAACAUCCUCCUCGGUCUGCAUAAUUCCGGCUUCACAUCUUACCCAGCCUCAUUCAAUAAUUUUUCUGUAAAAUUUACUUUAUAAACAACAGGUCCAGAGAAUCAACAAGUCAUCAUUCCGGAGGCGUCUAUACCACAAGACCAAGGCGUACUUUCUCCCACCUCCAGAUUACAACUGUCGUUACAGAACGACGGUUAUGCUUCAUCGGCUGAGGUUGACGAACUAGUUGACUUGCCCGAUGUCACUCAACGUCGUCCCAAGCGCAAAGUCAAACGCCAACACAGUAGGGAAGGUUAGAGUCUAAUAUAUUAUACGUUAUUAACUCUAUGUGCAUCAACAAUGCCCACUUACCAGGUCCAUAUUUAAGAGUAAAUCUUAUACGAAGUCCAUAUUCAAACGACAACCGUCCAUGUAGACUACAGGGUCCGAAAUUAACUUUUUAAUACGGGCGCCAACUGGCGAUUAAGUAUAAAUUUUUGGUCGCCAGAGGGCAAAUUGUGGUCGCCAAAAAUUCCCCCUCCCUUUUUUCAAAUAAGAGUUUAAACACGAAUAAAAAAUGUAUGGUUUGGACGUUUUUAUGCUCAAAAAAAUUGCAUUACUUCCGCUCCCGAUACAAGAAAGCUACCGUAAGUGUACGAGUGAAGUCUUAUUUUUUUCCACAAAUCGCUUUUUGGAGAUAUAAAGCUAUCUGACCGAGAACGUAGGAACAGAAAGCUGUCUGCUCAUGACUGCACUGAUCAUAAUUAUCAAAACUCUAUUUUCUUCCGAUAACUACCACGAAACAUAAACACGAGUCAAGCCGCCAUGUUGCUCGUACCAGGCCACAACUGUGCCACAUCCACAAAGUACAUAACAUACUUACCGUAUUACAGCUGAAAACAACAUGGCGGCUUGAAAAUGUUCAACUCGUAUUGAUCGUAGCUGUUGCGAAGGUAUUAUUACAGGAAGAUUCGUUUCACUUUUAAUUAAAAAUUAUCAGCAGGACAAAAAGUAAGACACCUGUUGGCAAAUAGGUUCGACGUUUCAAUUCUUAAUCAGUUUCUCCCAACGUUAAAGUCCACAAUAACAACCAGCUUUACAAGUCGCUAGCUGGCGACCAGCUAUGAAAUUCUGGUCGCCAGGACUAAAAUUUUAGUCGCAUUGGCGACCAGGAAGGCGCAAUUUCGGACCCUGGUAGAAUCACGUCUGUCUUGUACUACUUGCGAUGUCAGGUGCAUUUGUUUUCAAAGAUACAUUCAGCCUUCAACUUUUACAGUAAAAAAGUUCUUUUCGAACCAUUCCCAAAUGUGCGCGAUUCGGUUUUUUCCCAUUAUCCACUACGCAGGAGCUUAAACAAACACGACAGCGACGGCAGCGAAAACGUCAUCCAAAAAGUGAAUUUGCUCUGUGUCAACCAUGAUAACUCACCUUAUUUUAUCUCGUUCAUUUGGCCAAAUGUGGAUUAAUUUCUCUGUGGUUGAAUUCUAAAGGACCGUAUCUAAGUUCAGUAAAAGAAAUCGUUGUCUGAUGGUCAUGUCUUCAAUAAAAUGCGAAUUUUUGAAAUUUUGCAUCGUAGACGUGCAACGCUGAGGCAAAAUGUUAAAAAAGCGGUUUUUUUAUUCUUCCCGUUCUCGGUGUCGUAGCAGUCGUCUUUGCUUAAGCGCCUUUCUUCCUCAAACUGCGGGGCCUGGAAAUGUUCAGCUCAAGAUCUGGAAAUGUAACUGGUAAUUUGAGAGAACUACUACUGAACUUGUAUCGAGAGUAAGGUACAAUCAUGGACAAACGUCCUUGGGACAGUAAUGCAGUAUUCCUUUUUUCUCUCUCUAUUCUGUGCUCCCUCAUAAAAAAAGGUGCAUCCUUUUUGAAAUUUUCUUGUAGUUCUCCCUCCCCCACGGUAUACAAAGUUGAAACUCGGAAAAAAAAUUCCAGAUACACGCGUCCAUCUUUGUUUGUGGGUGAGGGAAGGGGUUGGGUCUGUGUGAAUUGAAAAAUACCCCAGAAAUGCAGAAGUGUCCCAAGACUUUUGUCCAUGGUUAACCUGUAGGUUACAGAAAUUACCGACCGUAAGAACAUUAAUGGUGAAAUAAAGAGCCAAGAAAGCUAAGAAACUGCAUUACGCUUAAAAUUUGGUCGUUGCGACUUAACCCGCUGAUGCAAAACGUUCCCGCAUAAACUAAAGAUCUUGGACAAAUUCUUUUGGGACAACCUUGGAUUAAACGGUUGCACGUGCAGUUCCGUCUGUUUCCCAGUUUCGCGCCAUAAAAAUAUGUAUCAUCAUCAGCAUCGUAAAACAAGGAGAAAGUGAUGGUUUAGAGCUGACUGGGGCAAUUUUGCAGUGCGUGGCAACAAGUUUUGUCCGAGGUUGUACGCAACUAUAUUUGUGUCUAAACUUUUUCUGUUAAAUAUUUAACUCUUAGCUCCAAAUGAUGGCGAAGGUGAAAACUUGCUAGAUCUCACAGUGGGGUAUUCACCUGGAAGGAAAGGCUCGAUUCUUGGUGAAAGUGUUGAAGGUACAAAGGAUAGAACAUCUAGUAGAACAUAGUAUGAUGAUAUAACACGAUGUUAUACUGUACGUAGAUCAUAGCGAACUCUCUUAUAAAGCACACUCCAUGGCACGCAAAAAGUAACAAUUCAAUUGUUACUUUGUCUUAUGGAGUCACCAAAAAGUUUAAAGUUUAAAUUUUUUGGUGAUUACAUAAGACAGAUUUAGAGUCACGUUUAAAGCAAACGGCAGGCUCAAGUUAACAAUAUCUUACAAUAGAAAAUGGGCAGAUAAAAACAGUGUAAAGCAAUUCUAGUAGUAUUACUGGUUACUUCAUCACACAGCCAAUCAGAAUCGAGUAUUUCAAACACGUGCUGAAUUAAUUCAAUCUCGACCAAUCAGCGUCCAGGAUUUUAUGGGUUAGUGCAACAUGUAAAACCAUCAUGAAAAGUCUCCCAACAUUCCCCCGUCAUGUAAGACACACGAAAAGUCACGUUUCAACCAAUUUUAUUCUUACGUCAUACCUAGCGUUACAAUCGGGACGGGUGUGACGCCCUAGUGACGUCACGCCCAUUUCGUUUUAAAAAGUUUAAAAAGUCAUCAAAAAAAUGGCCGGGAAAGCGAUGGUUCAGUGGCCAUCGCCGGUACUGGCAAGGAGUUCUCGCUUUCGGCCGAUGAGUCCAGCCAGCCAGGUGGGACUCGAGGCUUACAGGUUCGAAUCCUGUUGGGAACGGUUUUUUUUUAUUUACAAAUCUAAUAAAAUAUCUACAUUUUGUGCGUCGCACUCUGUCAACACUCGGUAUCCAAAAGGAUAACUGAUUUGGCUCAUGGUUACAUCAUCACUUAACGUGUAGUCAACCAAAUUGUCUCUGUAACUUAGAUCUUGGUUCGUAGGUAGGUCCAUUUUCAGAUGAUACAAUUAAAAUAUUUUGUUGUAAUCUUCGCUUGAACAAAUUGUUCAUUUCCAAUAAGGCAUCUGGAUAAUCGUAGAUAUUGCGUAAUAAUGGCAGUUCUGCUGAUCAACGUGGUUUUCAUAAUCUGCUUCUCCGUCAUUUCCUCAGACCAUACUUUUUGAAAUGCAAUCCGUUGUAGCUAUAGUUUGUUGGAAAACGGACCACCAUAAGAGAAUUAUUUCUCAGCCACAGUUGUCUUUGGACAAACACGCCGCGGGUUGAUUAUGCAAAAAUCUUCAACUUCAGACCAGGUAUUGUGUAAAAAAAAUGCAAUUAAGAAUUAGCCGUUUAGCUUUUGUCUUUUUUAAAAAAUAAGCGAUUAAGACAUUGAGUUCCCACUUCGAAAAAAGUCAAGGAAUGUUGUUUCACAAUCAUCUAGAACAUGUUGUAUUUCUUUGCAAAAUUGUAAUUCUCUGUCUAUCGACAAACCUAUGAAAUACCUGUGGCAAAAACUACAAGACGAUUCAGAAGAAGAGGGUUCUUUUAACCCUGAUUGGAUAGUGAACAAUCUAUUAUGUGUUCAACAGACAAACGCGCUCUCCGUUCAAUCAUGAUUUCAUUCUUAAAAGUUCAGUUUGCUCGGAAAAAAGUCUUAACUCUCAACAAUAUUCUUUGGAACAUUGUCCAGCGUCAAAGGAUAGCCAGUUUUAUUGGACAUGUAUUCUAACUGACUUAUGCGGCUUUGGUUGACAAACUCAUCCAACAAGAAAAGCUGAAUCACUACGACGGUUGUGCUAUUCAACACCCAAGUCAAAACCAACAUUCUUGCCUAAUGAUGGAUAAUGAUGACGCAUGGAAGUAUUACCACGAUGAAGUGGUGGAACAAAUUGACCUGAAUUCUAUGUUGAACGCUACCGAAAGUAUAUGCAGUGCUCUCGGCUUCAAACUAGAUAAAUCAUGGGAAGCGUACUGCCAAAUAUUGUCGUGGACCAGUAUUUACCUCGCUUCUCUGGAACUUGAUGUUGUCCAGCAGGGUGAUGAUCUUCAAAGCCGUAUUUUAUACGCUCUAUACUACCGACCAAAUGGGCUCAAAUGGAAGGAUUUCAGUGAUCAACAAGAAACAAUAGAAUGCCUUGACAGAGUCGUGAGAAAAGAAGAACACCAAUGGACCUUGACAUGAUAAUUAAUGACAUUCAAAAUAAGCUUUGUUUCUAAAAGUAAUAAAAUUUCUUCAUGAUGACUACAAUUUUGGGUCGGUAUGUGUCUGUCUCUGUCUUUGUCAAGAUGGGGCUUUCUCUGUCUUUGCUUCGGGUCGACUUUUCUCUGUAUCGCAUUGUAUAUAAAGAGUUUUCCUUUAUGUGUAAAAAAAUGUCAUUUGUUCAAUCACCCGCGUAAAGGAAAAACACAGUGAUGUACAAGGCCCUUGUGGCUCCUGUGGCCCCUGUGGCCCGUUCUCAAUAGUCAUAAACUUCGUGUCAACCAGUGGACCUUGACAUGAUAAUUAAUGACAUUCAAAAUAAGCUUUGUUUCUAAAAGUAAUAAAAUUUCUUCAUGACUAAAUUGUGAGUCAGUGUGUGUUUGUCUCUGUCUUAGUCAAGAUGGGGCUUUCUCUGUCUUUGCUUCGGAUCGACUUUUCUCUGUAUCGCGCACAAGCCUAAACAUUGAAAAGUGUCUUCAAGAGAAAUGGAAAUGCUUCAACAAAAAUUUAAAGAUCUGCCGGGUUCGAGUCUAGAAAGGUUGAAAAAACUCCACUCUGAGGUCUUUUCAAAAGUAAACUGGGGACGAUUGGUGGUAUUUUUGAACUUCGCGGAUCAGGUAGAAUUAACCGAGGAUGAAUGGGAACUACUAUUUCAUCUUCUUGUUCCCACUCUCACCCAGAUUCGGCAGUAUCUAUAUAAAGGAGCACCAGGGAGAGAGAAGUCAUUACAUCUUUUACCGUUCAGGUAAACACUAGUGAUGGGUUGCUGUCCGCCAUCAUCCACUUUUGGUUUUGAACCCAUUUUCAGUCGCAUACGUUGUGUAUUAGCUUGCUGCGGUGGUAAAGUGGUUGUACGAAACUAGGAAUUUUGUGAUGGAGAAAAAACUAGUCAGCAUCUACCUCGGUCCAAGUCAACCCGCAAGUUUCGGUGCUUUAGAUGCUGUUUACAGAGCAGUCAAAGAGAAAGGAAAGAACAAGAUAUCGCGUAAACAAGUCCGAGAUUGGUUGAGUCAGCAAGAUGUUUAUACUCUUCACAAACCCGCGCGAAGACGCUACAAGAGAAGUCGAGUCUUCGUUUUUGGAAUAGAUGAGCAAUUUCAAGCGGAUUUGGUCGACCUCCAAAAUCUCAGUCGCUACAACAAGGGCUAUAAAUACUUACUGACUUGUAUAGAUAUCUUCAGCAAGUACGCGUUUGUGUUACCGUUGAAGACAAAACAAGGUCAGGAACUGGUCAAAGCCUUUCAAAAGAUCCUUUCUACUGGUCGCAAACCCAUCAAACUGCAAACAGAUCAAGGAACAGAGUUCAAGAAUCUCGUGUUCCAGAAAUUUCUGCGUGACAACAACAGUGCCUUUUUCACUGUUAACUCUGGGCUCAAAGCCUCAGUGGUUGAGCGUUUUAACCGAACAUUUAAGAAUAAGAUGUACAAAUAUUUCACGGCCAAAUACACUCUCACCUAUAUCAAUGUAUUACCCCAGUUAGUGUCUUCUUACAACAACACUUACCACCGAAGUAUUAAAAUGAAACCGAGUCAGGUGACCAAAGCGAAUGAAGCUAAAGUGUGGGAUACUUUGUAUGGGGAUGAUGUUCAAAAGCCUGUGCGAUAUAAAUUUCAAGUGGGAGAUCGCGUCAGGAUUAGCAAAGUGAAGAGAAUGUUUGAAAAAUCUUACUUACCUAAUUUUACGGAAGAAAUUUUUACUGUUUACAAGCGAAUGGCUCGUCAAGUACCCGUUUAUAAACUAAAAGAUGAUGCAGGUGAAAUCUUAGAUGGAACAUUUUAUGAGCCCGAAUUACAGAAAAUUAUUAAGAAGAAUGAUGUGUACCGCGUCGAGAAGAUUUUGCGGAAGAGAAAGCGUAAAGGCGUAGUAGAGUAUCUGGUGAGAUGGAAAGGAUACAAAGAUCCAAAAUUUGAUUCUUGGGUUCAAGAAAGAGAUAUUUUGAAAUUGUAAUUUAUGUAUUUUUUGUGUAGUGAAUAAAAAUGAAAUAAUAAAAUGAAUGGUGUGUGGUUUCUAAUAAAUUAAGAAUACCCGGAUUAAAAAGUUCAUUUCAACACAGGGUACGAUGGAGGUAAGACAGUUUUAUCUGCAUCUCCCUAGCAAUAGCAGCCUCGAUAAGUUUCCCAGCAACACAUUAACUUAGUACCAAGUUGGUUUACCUCAGACCGUUAGCUUGACGGGGAAAUUCACUAUCCUUACAGCUGGAAUAAUGUCCAAGAAAAUUUUGGUAAUCGAUUCUACCUUCGGAACCAAGAAUUGUCCGGAGUAUGGGAAGCCCUAAUUGUACCACCAGGUCAUUAUUCUUCCAUUGGAGAUAUCUUAUCAAAGAUGAAAGAGCUGAUCGAGAAUGUAAAGCGUUUCAAUGACGACGUGACAUUUUCCUACGGUGCGUUCACUAGAAAGGUGACUGUUCACCUACAAAAUAACGUAGAACUUUUCUUUGGUAACAUUGGAUACCUGCUGGGAUUUUCACCAGAAGAAAUUAUUUCUAAUACCUCUACCGCUGAAAGACAAGUGGAUUUGGAAUAUGGCUUUCACGACCUUUUCAUUUACUGUGAUCUUAUUCAGUCACAAUAUGUUGGAGAUGCAUUGGUACCUUUGCUUCGAAUUGUUCCUGUAGAAGGAAAGGUUGGGAAGCGAGUCAGUAAAUCAUUUUUGCGCCCCCAAUAUUCACCUGUCAGCAGAAAGCAAUUUGAAACUGUCGAAGUCAAUAUAAAGACAGACACAGGGGAGUCUGUGCCAUUUGAGUUUGGGAGAGUGUUGUUAACACUUCAUUUUCGUCAAAGUGCACCUCAGUACUUUUAAAGAUGAAAAAACUCCACACUCCAAAUCACAAGUUGUACGAACAGUACUAUGUUAAUCAAGCCAAACAAAAAGGUGAGAGUUUACCAGCGUUUCACGGUGCUCGAUUUCAGCAUGGUUAUGGACUAGGGUCCAUAUUCAGAGGUCUGUUUCGCUUGGCGAUGCCUCACCUUCAACAGGGUGCUGAGGUGAUUGGAAAAAAGGCUUUACAAACAGGUGUCAAUGUCGUCCAAGAUGUUCUUGAUGGAGAUAACAUUAAAACAGCAGUCCACAAGCGCACGAAACAAGCCCUCGGUCUACCUUGAAGAAUUCAUUGCAGACACAAUCAGGAGCUGGCAAAAAAGCUAUAAAAAGAAAAGGGCAAGGAACCAAAAUCAGUUCGCCUCAAGGCAAGAAAGCAAAAACAUCUCCGCAGCAAAAGAAGCCCAAAGAGAAAUUUUCUUUCUGGAAGUAAAUAUGGCCUUUGUGCAUCACGAGUCUCAGGAAUGUACGAAAUCAGAGUUGGAUCUCUUUACGAUUCCUGCAACACAAACCUCUAUCUCCAAAGGGCAAUGGAUCGAGUACCACCCCAUCAGUAACAUCACGGACAGUGGUCCGAUCGAAUUUUAUGUUUCGGGAACCGGAGAUGAGUAUUUGGACUUGGCACGUACUCAGUUAUUUGUUAAAGCCAAGAUCACAAAAGCAAAUGGAACCGCCAUAGACGCCGAUUCACAAGUAGGUCCCGUGAACCUGUUUUUACAUUCCCUGUUUUCCCAAGUGGACGUUUCCUUGAACGAGCGAUUGAUCUCUCCAUCCACCAAUACCUACCCUUAUCGCGCCAUGAUCGAAAGCUUGCUAAACUACGGAGAAGAAGCAAAAACAAGUCAACUUUCUAUGGCCAUGUUUUACAAAGAUACCCCUGGAAAAAUGGAUGUUGCCAACCCUGUGGCCGCAGACGAUGCUGCAAACAAGGGGUUAAAGGUUCGCUAUGAUUUCACUAAAGAAAGUCACAUUGUGGAUAUGAUGGGGCCCAUUCAUAGCGACAUUUUCUUUCAAGACCGGUUGAUGCUAAAUGGAGUGAAUUUAAGAAUCAAACUGAACCGAGCCAAGAACUCGUUUUGUCUAAUGUCAUCAGCAGCCGCUCCAACUUUCAAGGUGGUAAUCACAGAAGCCAUCUUGUUCGUUCGCCGGGUGAAAUUGGCCUCCUCUAUUAUACUUGGCCAUGCGGCUGCACUAAAACACUCCAGCGCCAAGUACCCGGUUCGCCGAAUCGAUUGUAAAGUGCUGUCUAUUCCAAGAGGAUUUAGCAGUUUUAACCCCGACAACAUCUUUUUGGGUCACAUUCCUAAACGAAUCGUGCUGGUCUUAGUGGAUACUCAGGCAUAUAAUGAAACUUACAGUACCAACCCGUUCAACUUCAAACACCACAAUCUAACUCAAGAGGGUCUCUAUGUGGACGGAGAGCAAAUUCCUCGGAAACCCUGUUCUUGAAUUUUGACGAAGCUAGAGGUCAAAAUGUAAUAGCGGGCUAUCAAAGCCUGUUCUCAGGAAAGCUAUCCCAAGAUGCGGGUAAUCAAAUCAGUAGAAGCGAUUAUGGCUCUGGUUACACAGCAUUCUGCUUUGACUUGUCCCCAUACCACUGCUCAAGUGACCAUUUUGAGCUAAUAAAGCAAGGUAACCUCCACGCUGAGCUUCAUUUCAAGGAACCACUGGCCAAUACGGUUAACCUUAUCGUGUACGCUGAAUUCCAAAACGUGAUUGAAAUUGACGGGAACCGCAACGUGUUGUUCGACUACACAAACUAAAAAUGGACACUAUUCAACUGACCCUUAUUUUGAGAAAGGAUAAAUUUACACGAGGUUCGUUUCAAGGCGUGUAUCCCUCAGACCAGCUGCCUGCAAGUGUUUCACAUUACCCAGCCCUGUUUAUCGCCAAUGUGGAUACGAGUGACAAGCCGGGUUCGCAUUGGGUGGCGUUUUAUUUCACCAAGGAGCAAAAGGGAGAAUUUUUCGAUUCUUACAGAUAACCACCCAGCAAAUAUUCAGGAACAUUUACUGCCUUUUUAAACAACAAUUCUAACCAGUGGACUUUUAAUACUGUGACAUUACAAAGCAUCUAUUCAAACGUCUGCGGACAUUACUGUUUGUAUUUUGCUUUAUAUCGUAGUCGGCAUAUAAGUAUGAGUGCUAUUGUCCAUCGUUUUUCUAAAAACACAAGUAAAAAUGAUAGUCUCGUAAAACGAUUUCUUGAAAAACAUUUUCCUAUAGGUUUUCCGAAAUAUCGUACUGAUGUAAACAAGCAAAGAGCAAAAGCACGACACUAAGUUCAGUAAACAGACACCAUGUAAUUUCUUUUCAACACAUUUUAUUGAAUUACAAAAUAAAGUUUUGUGUUUCACAAUAAAAAAAGUCUCUUGUCACGACUUAUAAUCGUAACCAUCGAACAGCCUGAGGGCGAGGACUCUCGACUCUGCGCCUCUGCUUUUUGACAGAAGAUAACGUCACAGGUGGGGUGGGUAGCCAACGCGAAGGACUUUCUGGGGUCUCCUCUCACACUCUUGCUUUAAACUCUCUUAUGGCACUCUGACGUUGGGGAUUACGAACCAAGUUUUCGGGGACAUUCAUUCGCGCAAGGCCCCUCGCAAACACGGACCAACCCACUGGUUCAAAUCCUUUUCGGUGACGCAAUGUGUCGUUGACUAGGUCGACCACAUGAGAACCUGGGAUUGGUUUGUUUUCAUACAACAGCUCUCCUUUAUCAUUCCAGUGCAGCACAUCCUGGUGUUUUUUAAUUUUAUCCAACAACUGUCUAGCCCCAGCUUUGUAAAUUUUGGGUACACUUUUCAUGACCUCUUCCUCUACUACUGUUGGAAGAGAAUUAUCUGCAGAAGCUUCCUCUGUAGAUUCUGCGUUCUCAGCUGGUUUGGGGGUUUCUGUUGUUUUAGGGGUCGUUAACUUCACAUGGAGAGGCUGGCCUUUCCGCUGAUCGUAAUAAGUCAAGUACCCUUGCAACACCUGAUUGUAAAGCUUCGCCUUUUCCUCAUCACCAAGUUGUUUACUUUCUAAAAUAUCCCCAUUUGGCUAUCCAGAUUUUUCAGAGUUUGUGUUACAGGUGGUGUUAAUAUUUGCUGGCGUUGCUGCAAUCGUUCCAGAGUGUUUUCAGGAACGAGAACCAUGCGUCUUGUAUGAUUUAUCUUAACUAAGAAGCGAGCUCAACACUCGAAGAACGGGAGGUAGCAAAACACUUAAAAAGUUUCCUCCGUGUUGUAUCAAGAUUUGCUUUUUCUUAUUUAGCGGGGUACUCUUUUCAGCUAGAGCAGUCAAGGCUUUCUUGUGCUUAAGAAGUUUUCUCUUUGCCGGUUUACUGACAGGGACUGUUUCUUUAAGUACGUUGAAUACACACUCACAAAUGGUUUUUACUAAAGCGUCGUCGGCUGCUUUCAAAAUUGCUUUACGUUGAGCUGGGGUACAAUUGACGAGGAGCUUAAGAAAUUCGUGGUUCUUUCUUAGUCGCUGGGCCAUACUCAACUGAUAUCAAUCACUACGACGGAGCUUUUUUAUACCUUUCUGACAUAGGCGAGCUGAGUCUCCCCAGGGAAAAUGUUUGUGCGCAACCGGAAGUCGGUAGGUGUUUCCGGUUUGAGGUCGCAUAACAGGUAGCCAUAAGGGCGUUUUGUCGCAUCCUGAAACGCUUCUUGCAUGUAUUUGACAUGACCGGGAAACAUCUGUUUCGCCAAGUGACUGACUUGACUGCUAUCUCACGGAGACUUGAACAUCACUAAAUAAUGGCAAUUCAAACUCAUGUCUCUCAGUUCUUUUCCCCGGUGAAAAAUAUUUUGAAGAAUGAAAAUGACGCUUAAAUUUCGGUGAUGACAGCCCUUAGUAAACAAAUUGGUAGUUCUUUGAUCAUUGCUAAGCUCCUGCAUUAAAUCGUCAAUGACCACUAAAUUCCGAAUGGUUGGGUUUAUCAUAGAUUCUAAAUCACCAGGAACUCCUUCGACGAACGUGAUGUUGGGAAUAGUCCUUAGCAUUUCAUCAUAAGCCGGUUGGUAUAUUCCAUAACACCAAAUGAUAUUUUCAGGAGCUCCGUCUAUUAAUUCUUCUCCAGAUUCCAACAGGUGUUUGACAAAAUGACUUUUUCCACAACAAGUGGGGCCAGCUUGGGUCCAUGUUGAUAACUGACUGGUUCAACUGCCUUUGCUCUUGUUUAUAUCGAAAUGGUAUUUGGCGGAGUAUCUUUAUCAUAAACUCGAACCAUAUGCAUGUUGGUAUUUUGUAAUUUAGCAAACUGGAGCCAAUAUUUUCUCUCUAAGUCAGACAGGUCGUGUACCUGAGCCAAAUGGUUUGCUAAUCGAACUAAAAAUUUAGAGUAACAUCCCGGUAUUGGGCAAUGACGACAUACACGCUUACCCAUGAUGUUCACGGUACGAAGGUUCGAUACCAACUGAAUAAAACCGCUAAUGACACGAAGUUUAUGACUAUUGAGAACGGGCCACAGGGGCCACAAGGGCCUUGUAUAUCACUGUGUUUUUCCUUUACGCGGGUGAUUGAAUCGCGCGUGGCGCACACACGCGCGCGCGGCUAGACAGACAACAAACCGUGUUUAGUAUAAAAACCAUAUUUAUUUACAAACUAUGAACAAAUGACAUUUUUUUACACAUAAAGGAAAACUCUUUAUAUACAAUGCGAUACAGAGAAAAGUCGACCCGAAGAGACAGAGAAAGCCCCAUCUUGACAAAGACAGAGACAAACACACACCGACUCAAAAUUGUAGUCAUCAUGAAGAAAUUUUAUUACUUUUAGAAACAAAGCUUAUUUUGAAUGUCAUUAAUUAUCAUGUCAAGGUCCAUUGGUGUUCUUCUUUUCUUACGACUCUAUCAAGGCAUUCUAUUUUUUCUUGUUGAUCACUGAAAUCCUUCCAUUUGAGCCCAUUUGGUCGGUAGUAUAGAGCGUAUAAAAUACGGCUUUGAAGAUCAUCACCCUGCUGGACAACAUCAAGUUCCAGAGAAGCGAGGUAAAUACUGGUCCACGACAAUAUUUGGCAGUACGCGUCCCAUGAUUUAUCUAGUUUGAAGCCGAGAGCACUGCAUAUACUUUCGGUAGCGUUCAACAUAGAAUUCAGGUCAAUUUGUUCCACCACUUCAUCGUGGUAAUACUUCCAUGCGUCAUCAUUAUCCAUCAUUAGGCAAGAAUGUUGGUUUUGACUUGGGUGUUGAAUUGAUGGUUUUCACGGUGACGUCAUCAGAUUGCAAAGUCAAAAAAGCGAGGUUUUACGAAUUCUUAUUUACACCAGGUUGAAGAUUAAUAGGAAAUAAAUCUUUGUACAAGUUUCCAGCCCCGAAGCAUGUUUCAUUUCGAAAAUACAGCAGUUUGAACUUCCGAGUUUUCACAGUGCGUGACAACAAAAUAGGAAUGCUAUCUCCUUGAAAAAAGUCUCUCCGCUUGAUUUUCAGCAGUUUAACCAUUUCAAGUAUUAGAAGAUAUGUUUAUGCGCAAGUAUACUAGUUCUCGAGUGAAAAGGAGGAGCUUUUAUCGAAAAAGUGAACUCCAGAUGUUUUUGUUGAUUUCCGGCGGCCAUAUUGGUGGACAGUUUCUGUCCACCAACAUGGCGUCUCCAUACAAAGCUCUACAAAGGUGCGUGAAAUGUUUCGGCAACUAACUCAGAAACUGUGGGCCACAAAGACCUGAGAUUUGGACAAGUAGUUUAUAUAUUAGUCUUUUAUAACAUUUCAUUUUUUUGGCUUCUUCCACUGGACGGUUUCAAAUGUAUUUUUUUGUGCCGUGUUUAUUGCGUGACAGUGAAAACGAAGAAUAGCACAACCGUCGUAGUGAUUCAGCUUUUCUUGUUGGAUGAGUUUGUCAACCAAAGCCGCAUAAGUCAGUUAGAAUACAUGUCCAAUAAAACUGGCUAUCCUUUGACGCUGGACAAUGUUCCAAAGAAUAUUGUUGAGAGUUAAGACUUUUUUCCGAGCAAACUGAACUUUUAAGAAUGAAAUCAUGAUUGAACAGAGAGCGCGUUUGUCUGUUGAACACAUAAUAGAUUGUUCACUAUCCAAUCAGGGUUAAAAGAGCCCUCUUCUUCUGAAUCGUCUUGUAGUUUUUGCCACAGGUAUUUCAUAGGUUUGUCGAUAGACAGAGAAUUACAAUUUUGCAAAGAAAUACAACAUGUUCUAGAUGAUUGUGAAACAACAUUCCUUGACUUUUUUCGAAGUGGGAACUCAAUGUCUUAAUCGCUUAUUUUUUAAAAAAGACAAAAGCUAAACGGCUAAUUCUUAAUUGCACUUUUUUUUACACAAUACCUGGUCUGAAGUUGAAGAUUUUUUGCAUAAUCAACCCGCGGCGUGUUUGUCCAAAGACAACUGUGGCUGAGAAAUGAUUCUCUUAUGGUGGUCCGUUUUCCAACAAACUACAGCUACAACGGAUUGCAUUUCAAAAAGUAUGGUCUGAGGAAAUGACGGAGAAGCAGAUUAUGAAAACCACGUUGAUCAGCAGAACUGCCAUUAUUACGCAGUAUCUACGAUUAUCCAGAUGCCUUAUUGGAAAUGAACAAUUUGUUCAAGCGAAGAUUACAACAAAAUAUUUUAAUUGUAUCAUCUGAAAAAGGACCUACCUACGAACCAAGAUCUAAGUUACAGAGACAAUUUGGUAGACUACACGUUAAGUGAUGAUGUAACCAUUAGCCAAAUCAGUUAUCCUUUUGGAUAUCGAGUGUUGACAGAGUGCGACGCACAAAAUGUAGAUAUUUUAUUAAAUUUGUAAAUAAAAAAAAAUCUGUUCCCGACAUGAUUCGAACCUGUAAGCCUCGAGUCCCACCUGGCUGGCUGGACUCAUCGGCCGAAAGCGAGAACUCCUUGCCAGUACCGGCGAUGGCCACUGAACCAUCGCUUUCCCGGCCAUUUUGUUGAUGACUUUUUAAGGUGGCUCCGUAAUUAAUACAAGAGCAUUUAGCUGUGACAAGUUUUCCGUUACAACUUUUUGGAUUUUAACGCGAUGGCUGCGAAACUUUGCAGAGAACAACAGAUAUCAUUCGGCAAUAAUACGAAAUAUUCCGAUUUCAUUGAUGGUGAAUAUUUGCUGAGAAAUUAGCGCUUAACGGGACCCUAAUGUUCAAAGAAAAUCGCGUCUAGUAAAAAAUUUUGCUGAUAUUUUUUACUGAAAUUUCUGGUAUCGGCUUUAAUUGAUAUAAUAAAUAUGCCAGAGGAAUUUCAGGAAAAUCGUUGGAGCAGAAGUCCGUAACUAAAAGUCGCUCAAAAUUCAGCUGUGAAAUUGCUUUGGAAUUUCAAAAAUAAAUUACUAUCAGGUGGAAGGAGCCACCAGUUUGAAUUUUCGGGACAAGUAAAUUCAACGUUUGCUAAUUCUUAAAACAAAAGCCGAUUGCCUAUCGUUGCUUCCAACUCAGGAAAAAAGUAUUGAGAUUGGACGCUACCUCGUAUCAGAGCUCAGAUAGAACUGUCCAGCACCUUUGUUUAUGACUACAAAAUGAGCACGAGCGGCAGUUCUGCGAGGAAUUCGCACCUCAUCCAGGGGGGACGAACGACAAUGAUGACCAUGCCUGUGAACCGAAUAACAUCACAGUGCAAAAUAGAAUUAUCGCAAAAAUACUGCCCGUGAAUAAAUUUACAACUCUGAAAUUUUUGUCACUCGUUCCUUCAAUGAAUGGGUAUUUUUUUUCUUGAUUAUUAUGUUUUGCUCUGCAAUACAUGUUUAUACAGAUCGGUUCACAGACAUGGGCAUCAUUGUCAUUCGUCCCCCCUGGCUAAGGUGCGAAUUCCUCGCAGAGCUGCCGCUCGUGCUCAUUUUCUGGUCAUAAACAAAGGUGCUCGACAGUUCUAUCUGAGCUUCGAUACAAGGUAGCUUACAAUCCCAAUGCCUUUUUCCUGAAUUGGAAACAACGUACAGCAGGAAAAGCCGUUGGGGAUGCAUUGCAAUACAUCAAAAUGUAUGUAGCACGAGUUUGAACCAAAACUACCAAGGGAUAUUUUAAAAAUGUCGAGGACGUCAGAGCAAAGUUUGGAGCAAUUUAUAGUGCUUCUAAAACUGAAAACUAUCUUUUAAAGAAUAGCACGAUAGGCAAUCGGCUUCUGUUUUCAGAAUUAGCAAACACUGAAUUUACUUGUCCCGAAAAUUCAAACCUGUGUCUCCUUCUUCCUGAUAGUAAUUUAUUUUUGAAAUUCCAAAACAAUUUCACAGCCGAAUUUUGAGCGACUUUUAGUUACGGACUUCUGCUCCAACGAUAUUUCUGAAAUUCCUCUGGCAUAUUUAUUAUAUCAAUUAAAGCCGAUACCAGAAAUUUCAGUAAAAAAUAUCAGCAAAAUUUUUUACUAGACGCGAUUUUCUUUGAACAUUAUGGUCCCGUUAAGCGCUAAUUUCUCAAGAAAUAUUUACCAUCGGAAUAUUUCGUAUUAUUGCCGAAUGAUAUCUGUUGUUCUUUGCAAAGUUUCGCAGCCAUCGCGUUUAAAUCGAAAAAGUUAUGACGGAAAAUUUGUCACAGCUAAAUGCUCUUGUACUAAUUACGGAGCCACCUUAAACUUUUUAAAACGAAAUGGGCGUGACGUCACUAGAGCGUCACACACGUCCCGAUUGUAACGCUAGGUAUGACGUCAGAAUAAAAUUGGUUGAAACGUGACUUUUCGUGUGUCUUACAUGACGGGGGAAUGUUGGGAGACUUUUCAUGAUGGUUUUACAUGUAGUACUAACCCAUAAAUUGACCCAUUGAUUGGUCGAGAGUGAAUUAAUUCAGCACGUGUUUGAAAUACUCGAUUCUGAUUGGCUGUGUGAUGAAGUAACCAGUAAUACUACUAAUUCUUAUGGAUGAAACUGACAAGAAGCUAUACUUAUUUUUUGUAGUAAAUGCAGAACCUGGUCACGUAGCACAAAUUCUUGUUUGCCGGUACUGAACGGUGCUCAAAAUCCGCUCUAUUGUCUGAUUGAGCUCAAACUUGACGAUAGCAAAUUCUGUUUUCCAAACAAUCCUUUUUGUUUCCUGUUCUGGUUCUUGUCCAUUUGUUUUCUUUUUAACGGAUUUUUGCGUUAAAAUGACUUCGCAGGAUUGACAGGAAAAAAGUAAAUUUUCACCAAAGUGAUGAUUUAACAAAUGACCUCUCUUCGUACAGAGCUAAACUUAAAAAGUAAAAAACGAGCUUUGUAAAUCUAUUAUGACAUUGACCUUAAUGCACCUCGUUUACCUCCAACAUUUUGCAUAACCAUUGUUUUCGAUUCCUCUUGGGACGACUGUAAUACCCGGGGCCGAGUUGUUCAAAGCUGGGUUAAGAUAACCCAGGGUUAGUGCGAGAUUUGAAUUCGGAUUUGAAAGCUUAAAAAGCAUUUCAGUUUUAAUUCUUUUUGUCUACAAGUUGAUGAUUGGAAGCUCUGAAAAUAACAGAGAAAAUUAUCCGAGAAGAUGCUUUUGAACAUAAGAAAAAGAAACCGGAGUUAAAUUUAACCCCGGGUUAAGCGCUAAUCGGCCUUUUUACAACUGGGCGUAGGAGGAAUAGGAAACAAUCUGAUGCUAAAUUUUAGGGGAUAAACAAGAUGCAUUAUGGACAAUGCGAGAAUGAUGAAUUCGAACUUCUCACCAUGACAGACAGCAGUUUGUUUUGUUUUGUUUUCUUUUUCUUUUUCGAAUUUGACUUUAUCUCUUCACGUGCGUGCGUUCAUCUUCGUCAUUUUCCUGCCAGGAACCGUUAAAAUCGAAACGUAUAAUACACUCACGUUGAGCUGUACUUAUUUUUUUACGUUUUGUAUGACCUUUCAUUGAAGGAUGUAUUGUAUUUAAUGACAUGUAUAGAUAGUACAAGGCAUUUUUCUAAAAUACUAAACUUUUUGGCUUGUAUUUUUUUUUUGAACAACCGUGAAAGAACAAUAAAGUGAAGCAGUACUUCAUGGACUUAUAAUUAGCCGCGACUAAAAAUUGUAAGACCGAAAAAAAAAAAAGAUUAUCAAUGAUAAUCAUAUACUUUUUCAUGAUUAUAACGUUCACUUGUCAUAGGGGCAGAGGGUGGACCCAGAAAGAGAAGUUCUAGUGGCUCAAUAAGACUGCCGCAAUUAAUAAGAAAGCUAUCCCUUGGUAAUAAAGCUGAUUAUGAGCAAGUACAAGACGAGGUAUGACUACUUAAAUUAGUGUAGCAUAAACGUACUAGUAGCUAGCCUGAGAAAACAACCGACAUUUGGCGACGCUACCACUGGUUUUCCCGCCAAAUGACGUCUGAGAAACGAGCGCAGAAAUUCCAUACUGAUGACGCGUCACUACCCAGAUCUGGGUAGUGCUUCUGAUUGGUCGUGCUGUUUGGGAAAUUUGAUUCAACCAAUCGGAGGCAUUACCCGGAUCUGGGUGGUAACGCGUUAUCAGUAUGGAAUUUCUGCGCUCGUUUGUCGGACGUCAUUUGGCGAGGAAACCAGUGGUAGCGUCGCCAAAUGUCGGCUGUUUUCUCAGGCUAACUAAUAGCCCACGUUCGAUAUAUCAAAUUUCUAACAUGAUUCCCGCGAGGCUUUCUGGUCAUUUCUCUAUAUCUGGUUUGGUUUUCUAUACGUGCUUAAGCUCCUGCAAUUUUGUACCUAAAGCCUUGGAGUCACGUAAGAAUUUAUAUAUAUAUAUAUAUAUAGAUAGAUAGAUAUAUAUGUGUGUGUAUCGAAGAACGUGGGCUAUUGCAUCUUUUGGGUGUUAAAUAUCACGAUGAAAGCAACGAAAAUGUCAAAAAGUAAUGGAAAUACUUGCCUUUUUGGUAUUAUAGGACUGAAAAGCCUCGAAAAUUUUGUUGUUGUUGUUUGUUUGUUUUUUUCUCUCUCUCUUGUUUAGCUUAGUUACGGUAUUUAAGAAUAAAAUUUUAAGAGAAUUCCCUUACAUUUGACAAAUUGGACGAAAUGGGUAUAAUGGCGAUAAAGUUUGAAACAGCCCGAGUUCGCCUUUUAAGUAACGUUUUCGCUGCAGCCGUCGCUGUCGUCUUUGCUUAAGCUCCCCAGUCACGUUAAGGCCGAUACACAUGAGGGGUUUUGCUCCCGGAGCAUGGUCCAGGCUCAUUUUGCACGUGCCAGUACACACGAGGGAUCGUCUUCAAGUUCGCUCAAUUUGCCCUGGGACUUUGCUCCCAAAUAUUUAACCGGUUAAAUAUCGUGGAGCAUUUUGCGAGGUGGAAAUUCUGCUCCCGAGGAUGAAAUAUACCCAUGAAAUCGUUGGUACACACGGAAGAGCUUUGUUCCCGAAGCGUGCCCCUGGAGCAUGCUCCGGGAGCAAAAUCCCUCGUGUGUAUCGGCCUUUGCCCGUAUGUUCUGAUUGCCUUCGUCUUGGUACUUGUUUUUAAAAGAUACUCGGUUUCACGGCAUGUCCGUUAUGUUUAAUUUUGCUUAUUACUCACAUUGAAAUUUAACGUGUUGAAAUUACGUCCAAUGACAACUAAAAUCACAAUUUCGCAAAAAAAAAAACAACAAUAACAAACACAUGAUUAUUGAAAGUGACAAUCAAACAGCAGAGUGAAGUAAACUUUGAAAACUUAUUUGUCGUUGUCUUAAGUUUCGUAUGUGAAAUACUUUCAUAAGUAAUGGUAACAGGACUGAGUGGAGUCCAAUUCGGUCUGUAAUCAUACGAGUGAUUAACAAAAUCGGACGACCGCGUAGCGGGAGUCCGAUUUGUUUAAUCACGAGUAUGAUUACAGACCGAAUUGGACGACACGAAGUUCUGUUACCAAUUAAUCAUAACUUUAACAAAAUUUGUAAUAUAAUAGGCUAUUUUUUAAAUCAAAACACAAGAAAUUUGAGAUUUUGUUUUGCUAGCAGUGAAAAAAAAGCUAUUUAAGCGCGCGCGUGAUGGCGCGUACUGUCCAAUUACUUAGGCAUGACGCGUACUGUCCUAUUAAACUGUCCAAUUAAGGCUGAAAUCAGGGCAGUUGAUAGCCAAUCAGAUGCGAGAAUUUUGUUAUAGUUAUGAUUAGUUUAUAAAGUAUACUUUACAGUUACUGAAUCAGAUUUUGUUUGUUUGUUUGUCCUUUUUUUUCUUUCCUGUUUUCUUUUUCUUUCAUUCUUUUUCUUUUUUUUUCUUUUUCUGCCUCAUUUCACGUAGGAUCCAGAUGAUUUCAAAGGUAAGUUUUUUUUUAUGCUUUCAGUCUUCAUUCCUCAGAGGCCAAAACGCCUGUAAUUUCCUGAUAACAAAUUCUGUUUUCUUAAUAAUAUAUUAUGGUCAGUUUAACAGUGACCAUCAAAUUCAGUAUGGGGCCAGGCUGUCAGAUAGUGUGCGUGCAGAAAACAAGCCAAGCGAAAAUGACGCGCGUGAUCUGGGUAAGGGGCGGACGCUCCCUCCCUCUCACCAUGCCCACCCUUUUUUGCAUAUCUUGGAGCCUGGAACAGGCUACCAUCAUACAGUAGAGUAUAUUAGAGCAUAGUGACUUGACUUCAUCGUCGAAUCUCUUAGAAUGCCACCAAACUUCUCUAGUUGGAAAUCCGUUUUCUCUGGCUGCCAUUUAACCCUUUCCGGUGCGUGGUCCGGAACCUAAGAAUCUUCGAAGCCUCUGCGUAUCUCAUAACUAUCUCUAUACGUCCUACAAUUCUUGGUUCCAGGCCUCGCACCAACUGACCACAAAGUUUACAAUUAUAAUCUAAUCUGAUGUAUGGUACCCUGUGUCUUUGGUGUGCACAAACACAAGGGACGAAGCAAAUCACCCAUUGGGUCUUUCACUGUUCUCAUUUACAGUAGGAAGGAUUCAUAACUCAUUAUUUCUUUGUUGUAAACUGCGCCGCAAGCGGUCUGGCAAAGUUCGCAACACAAUGUUGUGACUUCUCUCUUGGUUGUGAUUUAGAUAUUCCCUGAAAGCCGUUAGGGUAGCGGGGUAAAAGAUAUAAUUAUAUGCGAAAUUCAAAAUAGUUCAAGUCUUCAACCGUCUAAGUAUCAUCUGCUAGCUUAGAAUUUUAAAAAGAGGCCCUUUCCAUGGCUGUCAUAAUACUAAUUACGGGUUGAUGUUCGUGAAUGACAAAAUCACAACUUCGCGUCAACCAAUUCACGUCUCCACGAUCCCAAACAUUAUAUCAAACGUUAAAAACAAGAAAAAAGAACGUUGAAAAACCCUCAUGUAACAAGUUUUCUCAUUCUUUUGGUUUUCAAGAACCACCUUGAAUUGUAAUCUCUUUGAGUCUUCUUCAAGUCUGUCCAUCCGUGCCUCCUUUUGUAUUUGUUGUUUCAUUUAUUCCUUCUUUUAUUGUUGUAAGGGGUUAUUUUUGCGUUCCAUCCAAUUUGGUGGCAGCUCCUACUGUCCUAAUUUGAUAAAUUUCGUGACACGUCUCCGUUAACAGAGAUGACACCGACCCAAACGUUCCCAUUCUCCUCUUGAUGUAGCAUCAAAAUAUUUCUUCCACCUGUUCCUUGCAGUGGCGGAUCCAGGGGAGCCCCCCCCCCCCUUAUUUUUAGACCAAAGUGAGGCCCGAAGGGCCGAAAAAAAUUUUUUUGGAGACCGCCCUCUCCCCUAUCCCCUUAUCUAAGGGCCUGGAUGGCCGGGCCCCUCCCUUAUCUAAGGGUCUGGAUACGGCAUUGCUUUCUGUACCUCAAACAUCCUGAACUUGUCCGCCUGUCUUAUAAUACGUAUUCUUGUGAACUACAAAUGUGUAGUUAGACGAGGUUCACAGAAUCAAAUAAAAUGUUUCUUCUUUAGUAGAUUCACUGACAAUCAUGGAACAGCCAAAAGACCAGAGAGGCAAAGAGGGCUCAAAGGUUGUCUUUAGGUGCGAAGCAAGAGGAAAGAACAAAAUAACUUAUCAGUGGCUCAAAGAUAAGUUAAAGCUACCAGAACAAACAAAUUCAAGUCUUGUUUUUGACUCAGUUAAGCCACGUGACUUUGGAUGCUAUUCUUGUGAAGUCAGGUGUUCUGAUGGCCAGAACAAGUCUGAGCCUGUGAAGCUGUUGUCUCGCGCGGCAGAACUAGACGUUUUACCUCGUGAAGGAAUGAGUAAGUAUCACGCAUGCAUCGGCUCUCUUCUGACAGCCCAGUAAUAAUUAGUUCUUUGUCUUGAUUGCAUAUGCAGAUUUCAACAGAAUUUUUACCCUGAAACGAGCCUUGGGGGCCAAUUAUUGUGAAGACAAAAGUAGUCACUAAACUUGCCACCAUUUUAGAAUAGGGUGCAUGUAAGCUUGUUGACGUGAAUCUGCAUCUUAACUAUUUCUGGGCCGUUGUGAAAUGAAAGAACCCUGAACAGUGGUGGUGGGUGGGGGAGGGGUGAGGAAAAGAAACCAUUGUUUAAACUUGAAAUUAAACUUGAGUGCACACAGAACGUCAGAGCUUUGAACCCCUGAGAAACUCGCCACUGAAUGUAUUAAUUAUCUCCAAUAUCCCUUGCGUCCAAUUAACGCACACCCCUGCUUUGUCCUUUGUAAAGCUCCCGUCUUUUUUUCUCUCCUCGCCGCGACUCACAUUAAAACAGAACCCAGUUCUUCAAAAGGGAGAUAGCUCUAUCCACCAGAUUAAAGUCUUUCCAAGAGAGGAUAGUUGGUCUUUCUUAAUCUCUUAUCUUUCAAGGGGAUAACGCAUUUGAUUUCCUAUCACUUAUCCUCUGGAUAGUGAUUUAUCCGGUGGAUAGCAAACAGAGCCAGGUCUUGGGAAACAUAUGUUGUCAUUGCCAGAGGCAAAAUUUAAUUGGUCUAACUGCCACUGAAAGAAUCUCACUUCUUUAGCUCGAUUUCUAUGAUUAUAGUGGUUCUGAUGGUAAUUUAUCCGGUUGAUUGCGUUAUUUACCUUUUGAACAACUUGGGCCAGUUAUAUUCAGGUAACCGGGAUCGACCCAAUUCACGGAAAGUGCCGCGUUGCAUCGAUCCUCUGACUUCAGAUAACAGGAGCCUCCUGCAGAUAACCUAGUCUGCGUAGCAAGCGUUUCCGCGUGGUUUCGGAGCAAAGAGAGACCGAGGAACUACGAAGAACGGGAUUUUCGGUUUUGGUCGAAGAGGGGAGGGGAAGAAGCGAAAACUUUCCUCUUUUUCCUUUCUUCUACACCCCCUCCCCGCUCUUUUACUCGCCCCAUUCUUCGCGCGGUCUCUUAGACAAACUACAAACUGCUCUCUUAAUUUUUUUUUUGUGCUUUAGGAUUCAAGUAUCUAACUGAAGUAUUUCGAGAUAACCUGCAGAUUCAAGAGAGUGUUGGAAAACUGCUCCAAAAGAAAGUUCCCGACGCAGGGGGGUGGAAGCAACUUGCCCACAAGUAUGAAAUGGCAGAGGAGACUAGAGAUUCUUUAGAGGGAUGCCAAGAAAGAGGGAAAAGUGUUAUCGAAUAUCUUAAGUCCGCCCACCCACAGUUAACUGUGUACGAAUUUUGCAAAUACCUCAAGGAUAUCAAACGAAAUGAUAUCAUCAUAGCACUGUCAGACCAUUUAGUUUCAGUUUCGAAUUAGCUUAGAAUUGCAACUGUUGGACUGAGCUGCUUCUUUCUUUCUUCUUGUUAAAGCAAGGAGCCCAAAAGUGUGACCGCUUUUGAGUUAUUGACACAUUCUUUCGUACAGAUUUAAUCCAGUCAGAAGCCAGCGGGAAACUGUCCUCGACUUCUGAUUGGUUUAUGUCUGCAUGUAAGAAUGUGAGUUAAUUAAAGAAGGUCACACUUCGGGCUCCUUGCUGUAACCCUCUAAAGUCCCAAGAGUGGCCAACAUCAGUUUUCUCCUAACGAUAUCACUACACCAUCAAAAAAAAAAAGGUUAUGGGAAUUAAUAUAAUGAUCAGUAAAGAGGGAAAAUGCUUUCAUCCUUUAUCAAAUAAUCCCAAAUAAUUCUUUAAGGAAAUGUCUGGAGAUUUUGUGUGUAAAUAUUGGGACUUUAGGGAUAAAGAGAAUCAAGGCUACAAAACGGACUGGUGAAGUUAGGUUUUUUCUAUCAUAAUCAAACCCAAUUUAAAACUGAUAGAGCAUAGCAGUACUAAAUAGAAUAAACGAUAUUUUUAUAAUUAGAGCAUACUUUCCAUCUAAACUAUCGUCGCAGACGUAGAUAAUCGAGAUGUUCGGCGCGACUCACCGAUUCUCAAAAUUUUGUAAAACGUGGUGGCUGCAUUAAUAUAGUUAUCGUAGGCAGGUACGUUGUUACAAAAUUCAAGCAGUUUUUUAUAUUUUUGUAUUUUUUAUUACUUUUUAAGCACGUCGGUUAGACUUCUAACGCGCUCUUUGUCGAUCUGUAAAGAUCCGUAAGUUAAAUUGAUAUUAAUUCAUCUUUAAAAACUGGAGAUGCUUCUUGUAACGUAAAUAGUAAGGCAGCGUGCAGUUUUCAACACGGCUACCCGACGUCCGAUCAAACGCUUCACGUGUUUGAUUGUAAGAGUUGUACAGUCGUGUAUACAUUGGCAUUUUUACGUUUCACUCCUAUUUGGACCCAGAGUUGAUGCUCAAGAGAUAUUCAAGAUAACUGUUUUUCGAACAGACAGUCAAACCACAGGCGGCACUAACAUCUGAUUUGUUGUAACGGUGAAGAUUAUUUACUUUAUUGAUAAGAGAAUUGUGUUUUUUGGCGUUCAUGUUGAUUUUUUUUCUUUUCGGUGAGCUGGUGCAAGGCCUGGAAACGAGAAAGCUUGAGGGUCUGGAAAAGUCGGAAAUUCGGAAAACUCUUGGGAGAUACAAGCCGGUGGCGAGUAUUUGCGCGCGGCUCCGAAGGUUUCUUGGUUACAGACCUCACAUCAUCUAACCGCAAAAUCAAAAUGGCUGCCAAUUCACAGAAAACAGAUUUCACACAUCGAUUAACUAUCGAUUUAUUGUCAUCAAAUCUUUCCUUACGGACACCUCUCUGUUAAGGACAGUUCUUAUGGCCGUAAUAUGCCAUUCUUUCAAAUAUCAACUUUUUAAAAAUUUUUUUAAGGAAUUUGAAUAUUAGAGCUAGUGUAGAGUACUGCUACUUAAUUAAAGUACUACCAUUUAGUCUCAUUUCAAAAGUUGAACUACUUUUCUAGGUUUUUGCGUAAUGACGUGGGUAGAGAGAGAAAAAAACCCAAGAUCAAAGUAAUCAAAAGUGAUUGAAGUAUAGGUAAAAUGUUACGGAAUUUGUAUUUAUUGGUCGAGUUUCUAGUAUAGCUGGUCUACUAUAGUCGCACUCAAUCAUGCGUUCGUGAUAGUGAUUAAUUGUAUUUAACAGUUUUGCUAAAUAACUUCAGUAGGUUGUAGCUGGACUACCUUACGACAUUAGGAAUUGUAGAGAC